UAUUUACUAACUUUUCCAACAUGGCUGCACAUGUUAGAUCUGUUUUUUGUGAGUAUGUUUAUUGUGGCAUUUCGCACCUCUUUUUUUAAAGAAGAAAGAAAGACUUUGUAGUACGACAAUAAUUAAACGAUAGUGAUAUCUCCUAUCUAACGUUAGUUAGCGCACUAGCUUUCUUUUACGUGUUUUCACGUGCUAAUUUGGAAUGUAUCGACGCGGCGGGGGCAAGAGGGACCACAACAACAAGACGGUGAAGAAGAAUGAGAGCGACAGCAAAAAAUAUGCCGAGCUUUUGGUGUUCGGCUAUGCCUGCAAGCUGUUCCGGGACGACGAGAGGGCUCACUUCCACGAGCAGGGCAAACAGCUCAUACCAUGGAUGGGGGACAAGAACAUCCUGAUUGAUAGGUAUGAUGGGCGUGGUCACUUACAUGACCUCUCGGAGUACGACGCGGGCUCGUGGAACAGAGACUACCAGCUGUCCGAGGAGGAGGCCAGGAUCGAGGCCCUGUGUGAUGAAGAGCGGUACCUGGCCAUGCACACAGACCUGCUGGAGGAAGAAGCCAGACAAGAGGAAGAAUACAAGCGUUUGAGUGAAGCUCUGGCAGAUGAAGGCACCUAUAACUCAGUGGGCUUCCGCUACAGUGCAGACUACUACGACCCUUCUCAACCCACUGAGGAGGAGGAGGCCAACAGGGAGACUGAAGAAGCAGAGCCGCAGGAGAGCGAGGAACCCUACGUGGCACCCCCGGGCCUGGCAAUCCCCCCCGAUGUGGAGCUGCCAGCGACCACCAAAACCCAUGCCAUCAUUGAGAGGACCGCCAACUUUGUGUGCCAGCAGGGGGCCCAGUUUGAGAUUGUUUUGAAAGCCAAACAGUCUGGCAACUCCCAAUUUGACUUCCUGAACUUCGAACACUACCUGAACCCCUACUACAAACACAUCCUGAAGGCCAUGAAGGAGGGCCGCUACACCCCUGCAUCCGACAAGCAGGACUCACAGGACUCUGAUGAUUCUGAUGAUGAUGGGGAUGGGAACUACCUCCACCCCAGCCUGUUUGCUCCUAAGAAGAGUUCUCGCCUUGAGGAGCUGAUGAAGCCCCUCCAAGUCAUGGACCCAGACCAUCCACUGGCAGCACUGAUCCGGAAAACCCAGCAGGAACGUAACGGAGCCGCUGCUGCUGCUGCCGCCAUCAUGGCAACCAAGCCAGAGGAAGUACCCGCAGAACCAGCUGUGCCCGCCACACCCGCAGAGUACAUCGCUGACCCUAACGUGGCAGCGAUGUACUAUGGGUACUGCAUGCUUCCUGAUGGGACCUACUGCCUAGCCCCGCCUCCCCCUGGGAUCGAUGCCAACGGCUACUACAGCUCCCUGCCCUCUGGCAGAAUGUUGGCUCCACCCUCUUACUCUGGAACCCCGCCUCCUCCAGGGACCACUCCCCCUGCACCUCCUGAGCCAUCGACACGGAUCAUCUACACAGCACCUCCGACUACAUUUCCCAUCAUCCCACCACCAACUCCAGUUCCCAGCCAGGUCCCAGUCUGCCUCUCAACCCCUUCUCCUCCUGCCCCUGUUAUUCCUGCUGCUGUCAUACCAGAGACCAGUUCGCGGCCCCAGGCUCCCGUUGCUGUGCCGGCCCCGGUUGCCGUGGCAGCGCCAGCCAUCAUCCCCCCGCCCCCUGACAUCCAACCGGUUAUUGACAAGCUGGCUGAGUACGUGGCCAGGAACGGUGUCAAGUUUGAGACCAGCGUCCGCGCCAAGAAUGACCCGCGGUUUGACUUCUUGCAGUCCUGGAACCAGUACAACACCUAUUAUGAGUUCAAGAAGAAUUACUUCAUGCAGAAAGAGGGAAUCAGCCUGCCACAGCGUGGCUCUUCAGACGGCCUGGGCCCAGCGGAGGGGGAGGCAGACAGUGGCGGCGUUGGUAACUGUCCCUCUGACAAACAGCUGAAUGAAGGCAAGCCAAUUAAAGUGCCCUUUGCGCCGAUCUGCUUCGCCAUCAAAGCCAAAGAGAAUGACAUGCUCCCGCUGGAGAAAAACCGUGUACGGCUGGACGACGACUCAGAUGAUGACCCGGACAAGUUGCUGGGCGAAGAGGGUCUGGAGGCCCUGCUGGAGGGGGCGGAGAUGGUGGUCAGAGCGGUCACUGCGACCCCCGAGGAGAAGAGACCCACUCUCACCCUGGAGGAGCUGGAGGCUAAACAAGCCAAGCAGAAGCUAGAGGACCGUCUGGCUGCAGCCGCCAGGGAGAAGCUGGCCCAGGCCUCAAAGGAGUCCAAGGAGAAGCAGCUGCAGGCGGAGAGGAAGAGAAAGGCAGCGCUGUUCCUCCAGACCCUACGUAACCCCCUUACUGGAGAGCCUGAGACCAGACGUCCUGACAAGACCACCGCCAUGCCUGAGCCACAGCUGCCAGAGGUCCCAGUGGCCCCCGUUGUCUCAGCCCCCCCUCCUCUGGCUUCUAGAGCACAUGUGUACCCAGCUGAUCAAAGACCACAUGACGUCAGCGCCUUCAAAAGCAAAGAGCCCCCCUCCUCUUCCACCCUCCUGCUACCCUCUUCCUCCUCCACCUCCAGACGACCGGAGAAGAACCGGGACAGAGAGAAGGGCGACAGAGAGAAGAAGAAGAAGAAACGCAAGAAGCGGUCACGGUCGAGAUCGCGCUCCCGGCCUAAAACCAAGCACGCCCUGCCAAGCGCGUACAGAAUGGUCCGCAGGUCUAGGUCUCGCUCCAAGUCCCCUGGGAGGAGGGACCGAAGGGCUCACUCGUCCGAGAGGAGACGUGAGGAGAGGGAGCGCUACGGCACUGCCGCCUAUCGCGUUGGCAUCAGCCCCGCUCUGCCCAGGAGGCACUCCAGAUCCAGGUCCCCUCAUGAGAAGAGGAAGAGGAAGAGUUCUAAGGGCAAGCUCCCAACCAAGGGCUCUUCCUGUUCCCCCUCCUCGUACCCCAGAGGAACCAAGAAGUCCCCCAGCGCCUCCCCUCCCACCAGCCCCACUUCCAGCCUCUCCAGGGACGGCUCGCAGGAGAAAGAGAAACAAGUGUCUACAGCCAUCGUCUCCUCCAUGCAGUCCAAAAUCACUCAGGAUCUGAUGGCCAAAGUACGUGCCAUGCUGGCUUCCUCGAAGACCUCCCAGCCCAACACUCCCUGAAGAGGCGUGGCUUUCUAGCAGCUGGUUGGAAAAGGGGUGGAGCUUUACCACGUCUGCCUCUCCAUGACGACAGCCUCCAGCUAAAGGCCCUCGGCCAAUCAGCAGGCAGUCUUUGCGCGGAACUGCGUUUUGCCUCUUCAGCUUUUAUCUUCCUCUCAUUUUUUUUAUUUGACUUUGAUACUUAAUUGGUUGAGUUUAUCUACAGUGUAUUCUGAACGGCAGUAGAUGUAAAGGGUUUUCUGCAACUGAGAGCAGUGUAGAUUAGCUCCUAAAACAACUAAAUGGGUCUGUUCUACCUGUCGAGAGAGAGCCUGCAUCACAGCAAUGGUCACGUAGCCUGAGAAAGUUUGGACACCUCUGUUCCCGACAUCUGUUAUUCACACGAAUAAAGACAACAGAGCAUCCAAGCGCGGAAAUAAUUCAUGCAGAACCUUGCAUCUUUCAACAACAACAAAAAUAUAUAAUUUUCUGGAAAGUGAUGGAGAUCUUUGCGACAUAAUUGCUCAGCUGCCAGAGGGCCUAAAGCAUAUCCUUCUGUGAAGGAUUGUUACGUUUCUUUCUUUCUCACACUUUCUCUCUCCAUCUCCUUUUGUUUUCCUCUUUCUCUCCAUCGCUCUUUCUCUUACUUUGCCAGGUCAGUUUUAAGGCUGGGGUCUUUGGUUGUCAGUCCCUGUUGUCACUCAGUUCCAGUGUGUGGUCUUCAAUUUGUGUUUCUAAGUUUGUACAGGGCUGAUUGGGAGUCUGCUUUCUAACACAAACUAUCAAUAAAGUUUGAAUGAUGAUGUA